UAUGUAAACAAAAAUUUCUUUGAAAGUAUUCUAAAUUGAUUUGUAUCAUACUGUUGCAAUAAAAAUAAAAACAAAAUUCAAAGCAACACAUAUCUAAAUUUUUUUAUAAUUAAACUAGAUGUAGAACAAAAAGUUAAAAAAUUACUGGAAAUAAUUUUAUUUAGAAAUGGGUAUCUCUGCCAGUUCUUUGAUAAAUCCAUUUAGUGUACUUCGUGGACAGAAACGUCGACGAUCUGAUGAUUCUUCUGACAGUGAUACAGAAUCAUUUCUUGAAGAAACAUUAAAUACACCAAAACGAAAAAAAUUACUUACUACAGCCAAAUACAUUUAUCAAGCUUUGUAUAAAGAGGAGAAAAAUUCCGAUGUAACUGUUAUAGCAUUGGGAAAACCGUGGCAUCUACAUAAAAUAUAUUUAUGCCAAAGUCCAUAUUUUAAGAGUAUGUUUGGUGGAUCAUGGCGAGAAUCAUUUCAAGAUAUUGUUCAUAUUAAAAUUGCUGAUCCUAGGAUUACUUUGGAUUCUUUAUCAACAGUUUUUGGUUCGUUAUAUUUAGAUGAAAUUGUAAUUGAACCAAAAGAAGUUAUAUCGAUAUUAGCUACAGCCACAUUAUUUCAAUUAGAGGGUAUUAUCGAACAAUGCACACUUGUUAUGCGAGAUACAAUCAAUACGAAGACAGCAGUAAAUUAUUACGAAGCGGCUUGUGAAUAUGGCGUAACAAAUGUAAAAGAGGCUGCAUUCAAAUGGUUAUUAGUGAAUUUAAUGGGCUACUUUUACGAUCAUGUAAAAUGGUUAAAAGAAGUAUCCGUUGAAUUAAUGACACAAUUAAUAUCCAGUCCAGAUUUAUUUGUAAUACAAACUGAAUUCACUAUUUAUAUAUUGUUACGAUAUUGGAUGUACUUAAAAUUACAUUCGGAAAAUGAUGAUGAAUAUACUGAUAAUGACUUUGAACCCAAGAAAUUUUUUCAGGAACGCCAAGAUAAAACACCAUUUUUGUUGACAAAACAGGGUAAACCAUUUGCUAAAGCGUUUCAAGCGUUACGUUUACAGCACAUAUUAAUGCAUCAUUUGGACAUAGAAAUGUUACAAAAAGAUAAUAUUAUUCCAAAUGAAUGGAUUAAUCCAACAGUUCUUCAUCAAUGGCAUUCCAUGCUUCGUAUAGAUCAAAGUCUAGAUAAAGGACCAAAAGAGAUAAGCGAUGAAUUAUUUUAUAAACAUUCAUUACGUUGUGGACGAUUAUUACCAAUUGAAGGUAAUCAUAUGUGGCGAUGGACUGGUUUUAAUUUUGGUUUAGAUCUCAUUUUAAUAUUAGAAGAACGAUCGUUUCGUAUAAAACGUAAUCAUCGAUUUGAAAAUGGCUCGUUACUUAGUUUACAACCAAAACGUUACAUUCUAUUACGGGUAACCGUUGCUUGUUUAAAUGAACAACGUCAAAUUCAUCAUAUUCAAACAACACCAAUUCGUGGCUUUAAUUUAUCACGUAACGAAGAAGUAUCAUUAUUUAAAUUAGAAAGAGAAUUAGUAUUUCCAUUACUUGUAUCUGUCAAUUUAUUAGUAAAAACACCGAAUUCCGAAUUAAAUAGUAAUUUAAAUCUUAAUGACAGUAAUAAUGAGUCAACAAUUCAACUCGAUAGUAAUAUUAUAAUUAAUAAUAAUGACGAUAAACCAAUUAAUUCGAUAAAAAGUACACUUGAAAACAAUUAUAAGGGUUGA